AUGGCUGCCCAGACGACGACUAUCACUGCCGCCAACGUGACCUCCCUCUUCCCAGAGGUCCACACGCGAUUGAUCGGUGAAGAUCUACCUCCAACCGCCACUCUCGCAAACGGUUCGAACGAUACGUCCGACCUUGCGGGCUACGAUGAAGAGCAGAUAAGACUCAUGGACGAGGUCUGCGUUGUGCUGGACAACGACGAUAACCCUAUCGGUUCUGCCUCCAAAAAGGCAUGCCAUCUGAUGACCAACAUCAAUAAUGGCCUGUUGCACCGUGCCUUCUCUUGCUUCCUCUUCGACCCAAAGACCAAGAAACUUCUGCUACAGCAGCGAGCAACAGAGAAGAUCACGUUUCCUGACAUGUGGACCAAUACCUGCUGCAGCCAUCCCCUCGCACACCCGGCCGAGGCGGGAAAGGGCGACCUUGUGAGUAAUGUUGAUGGUGCAAAGAGGGCUGCGAUCCGCAAGUUGGAACACGAGCUAGGCAUCAAGAACGAGCAGGUUCCCUUUUCAGAUUUUGACUUCCUCACACGUAUACAUUACCUCGCACCAAGCGACGGCAAGUGGGGCGAGCACGAGAUCGAUUACAUUCUGUUCAUUGAGGCGGACGUGACGCUUAAUAUCAACAAGAACGAAGUGCGGGAUACCAGAUGGGUCAGUGCCGACGAGCUUCGCCAGAUGUUCACCGAUGUUGAGACCAAGUCCGGAAAAGACCGGGAUCUCAAAUAUACUCCCUGGUUCCGUUUGAUUUGCGAAAACUUCCUCUUCAAGUGGUGGUCGGCCCUGGAAAAUGGCAAGUUGAAUGAUUUCAUCGCCGACCAGUCCAUUCAGCGUAUGUGA